AUGCACUCCCCCACCAUCCUCGCCAGUGCCGCAAACGUCACCGCGAUGACGCGCUGCGACAAGAAGAAAUUCAACGCCUGCACGGCAAAGUGCCACGAAAACAGAAACUGCAUAGGCGGGAACCUUGACAUUGGCUGCAUAAGCGCUUGCGCGGCCACCAACCCGAAAAUGCAAGUGGAAGGGGAGGAGGUGCGACAAGGAAAAGUUCAACACCACGGGUCAAAGUGCUAUGAGAACAGGAAUGGGGUCGGCGGGAACGUUGACAUUGGCUGCAUCAGCGCCUGA